GUUACUUCCGAUUCUUGAACAGCUCUACAACUUACAAAUUAAUUAUUGUGUAAAAUCAUAUAAACCGAAGAUAAUUCCGACCUAAAAAUAAGAUGGAUUCCAAAAAGGAAUUCAACAUCGAGGAUUUGCUGACGGGUUUCGAGACGAUGAAAAUAUCUGCUUUACGAAAUGCUGCCAAACUUUCUCCUCUCAUCAAAGAAUGUACCUUGGGACCGAGUUGUGUAGAUUUGUCUCAGAAAAGACCCGCCCAAGUGGCAGACGCCGAGGCGACUAAAGAAAAUGAUGUGAAUGGUUCCAACGAAAGCACGCCACCACGCAACGGUAGGUCGGUCAAGGAGGUGGAGAAGAAAAGUCCCACCAGUUCACCCUUCGCCGGGUGCAUACAAUCCGAAUCGACUAGUUGUGCCGCUGUUACGACCAAACUGCACCAGGAAGAUCUCGAACGGCAACGCCAGGCCUGCGUGCAGAAAGUGCUCGCUGAACGUCAAAGCAAAAUUCAGCUCGCCGAUAAGCAACGCGAGGCACAGCUCCGUCAAAGUCUCCAGGAGGCUAAACUUGCCGUCGCACGACGGAUGCAAGAGUCCGAACAGCGGAUACUCAAUGCCGUCCGGGAGCAGGAGCAAAUAGCGCAGGAAGCGGGCACACGACGGCUAGCGGAAAUAGAACAGGAAAACCGACGCCAGAGUGACAUUCAAGCGCAGCUGAAGCGACGCCAAGAAGAUUUGAAGCGUAAGGCCCAGUUAAUCGAUGCAAUACGCCAACACAAUGCACAGUUCCGGUCCGGGACGGAAACGUUCACCAAAGCGCUCACCGCCAUCGGGGUACAGCAUGCGUCAAAGUUUAAUAACCAGAAGAAAUCCAUACGCUCUCUGCAGAAAGACUUCGAACAAUUGUUGCAGACGAUUAACGCCAAUCAUGAGGUGACGCAAGCGGAAAUCGAUCAGGCCGGAGAAUACUGCAAGCAGCUCGAUCAGGUGAACGUGGAAGUAUCUGAAAUAAUUCUCCAAAUUGAAGCCAGUCAAAAGCAGCAGCAAGAACAGCUGCAGCAACAGCAGCUCGAGCAACAGCAAGAGCAACAGCAAAAGCAGGAACAAGCAGCACAAGAAGCCGCCACGCAACGUGAUGCGGCCUCCAAAGUACCCGAUAGUACCGAUGGUGUCGUGUCUGCACCGGUCUCGCUACCUUCAACGUUACCGGCAGCGGACGAUAGUGAACCGAUCUUUUGGCCGGUCUCUCCGGAGUGCCUUCAGUUCUACAACGAAAUAAAAAGUUUCUACGAACAGCACCAGGCGGCCGUGAAGCAGCUGAUGGACGAUCCGUCCAUGAAAACCUACCGUUUCAACUGCCAGAAAGCGAUCAACGUGCCGGUGAACGCCAUAUCGGCCGUCAGUCGCGAGCACCUGAUCGAUAAGUAUGAGCGGCUGGCGGCACUGCUUAGCGGUCAGAACGUGAAGGUUGGUGAUGCAACGGUUUCGAUCAACGGGCAUCCACUCGGUCGAACGUACUGCACGAUGCUGAUGGCGAAAAAGUUUGUGGGUCAAGGAGAUCAGAGUAUUUCCAGUAAUGCAGCCGCAGCAUUCCCGAUCGCCACCGUUAUCGUCGGCCUGUGGCAACAAUUUCCGGACUUUGGGCGUUUCUUCCUCGCCUACCUGCACCGCGAGUGCCCGUACCUCGUCCCGUACUAUCUUCCCCAGCAUGAGGGCCAAAGUCAGGAGGAUUAUUUAAAAUCACUCGGCUAUCGGUUUGCGGAAGGGGGCCAACUAGAAAAACAGGACCAAUACCUUAAGCGGAUGGCUGGAUUAGCUCGGUUGUACGCGGCCGUAAUCGUCACCAUACCACGCAUAGACCCAAGCAAGCCGCAUCCACAUGGUCUUGAGAACGGCUGGCGGUGGCUGACGAACAUGCUUAACCGAUAUCCCAAGGCGGACAUCUGUGCUACGCUGAUCGUGGAGUUUUUGCAGACGACCGGAGCCUUCCUGAGCAUGACCUAUCGCUCACAGUUUACGAAGCUGAUCCAACUGCUGCAAGGCGACUACCUUAGCGCAUUGAGCCGCAUCGAUCAGGGCGGACCGAAGGCACGGCUGGAGGGACUGAUUGCGCAAGUGGUACGCGAUGGUAAAUUCGACACACCGGAAGGAAUGUCGAGCUUGCAAUUUAUGUGAAAAAUCGCCACGUUACAACUGUGGCCGAUUUCUUUCGGUUUGUUUUUCCUUCCCAAAUUUUUUUGUGAACUCAAAGUAA